AACAGUUUGAAUUUUCUAUCCGAAGAGUGCGCUUAGUGCCGCUGCUGCGACGGCGUUUAGACUUCCACCUGGAAACUGAAGAGUAAUGGUGGCCAACGAGUGAGGAACCCGAAAGUCCCGUAGCAAAGUCACCAGGCAGCCGAUACGAUCCGCAACAGUCAGCGUUAGUGUCAAGGAGUAGAAAUAUCCUCCGUAACAAAGAAUCCUCGCAAAUCGCAUAAUAUAGAGUAGCAGACCGACAAAAUGUUUGAUGUCUUUGGGUCCGUCAAGGGCCUGCUGAAGAUCGACCAGGUGUGCAUCGACAACAAUGUCUUUCGCAUGCACUACAAGGCCACGGUGAUCAUACUGAUCGCCUUCUCCCUCCUGGUGACCUCGCGCCAAUACAUCGGUGACCCCAUCGAUUGUAUUGUGGACGAGAUCCCACUGGGCGUGAUGGACACCUACUGCUGGAUCUACUCUACGUUUACCGUGCCAGAGAGGCUAACGGGCAUCACCGGACGCGAUGUGGUGCAGCCCGGCGUGGGCUCCCAUGUGGAGGGCGAGGACGAGGUGAAGUACCACAAGUACUACCAGUGGGUGUGCUUCGUCCUCUUCUUCCAGGCCAUCCUGUUCUACGUACCGCGCUAUCUGUGGAAGUCCUGGGAAGGCGGACGCCUCAAGAUGCUGGUCAUGGAUCUCAACAGCCCUAUUGUGAACGAUGAGUGCAAGAACGAUCGCAAAAAGAUCCUGGUCGACUACUUCAUUGGCAACCUGAACCGCCACAAUUUCUACGCCUUCCGAUUCUUCGUGUGCGAAGCCCUGAACUUUGUGAAUGUGAUUGGACAGAUCUACUUUGUGGACUUCUUCCUCGACGGCGAGUUCAGCACCUACGGCAGUGAUGUCUUGAAGUUCACUGAGCUGGAGCCGGAUGAGCGCAUUGAUCCCAUGGCGCGGGUCUUUCCGAAGGUCACCAAAUGCACGUUCCACAAAUACGGUCCAUCCGGCAGUGUGCAGACCCACGACGGUCUGUGCGUGCUGCCCCUGAACAUUGUCAACGAAAAGAUCUACGUGUUCCUGUGGUUCUGGUUCAUCAUCCUGAGCAUCAUGUCGGGAAUAUCGCUUAUCUACAGAAUCGCUGUUGUGGCGGGUCCCAAGCUCCGCCAUCUCCUACUCCGAGCCCGUUCCCGUUUGGCUGAAAGCGAGGAGGUCGAACUGGUGGCCAACAAGUGCAACAUCGGCGAUUGGUUCCUGCUCUAUCAGCUGGGCAAGAACAUCGAUCCGCUCAUCUACAAGGAGGUGAUCUCGGACUUGUCCCGCGAAAUGAGCGGCGAUGAGCAUAGCGCCCACAAGCGGCCCUUCGACGCCUAAUUAGUGGGCGUGGCCGUGUGCCAGAGUGCCAGUAAGUCUCGUAUAUACCAUCCCACACUAUCCCAAACACUUCCCCAUCAUCAUCCAGACACUAGUUUUAGUUAGCUUCUAGCCCAAGCCACAAUUCCACUCGAUGUAAACCUCGAUUAGAUCUUAAGAUUAUACAUACGAUAUACCAUUUUUGUUUUGGUAGUUAACUUACUUUUUUUUCGACGCUACUUUAUUAGAGAAGACCUAACUAAUGACAAUAAAAAUUAUGUUUUUCCAACACAACAAAGAAACACUUUUCACCGAGUAAGAGAGAAAAGAGUUCUUCUGGUCUUACGCUCAUUUAAGCGGCUUCGGUGCAAGCAAGAUAGCAGCUGCGCAUGCGCAACAGUCAGCCAUAGCUCGAUCCCCCUCACGCACACAGUCAACUAGGGAGGAAAGAGAACGAGAGAGGACGAGAGUAGUAGGGGGCAAACCAGUUUGACCACCAGUUAGUUAAAGAUUGCUGCCAGCAGGGCAAAAGAUUCUUUCUGUCUUCUUAUGGCUUGGCAUUUCUCUACUCGAUGCCCUCUAAAUUCCAAAAGAAAGGGUAGUUUUACCUCCAUAACCACUUUGCGUAGACCAGUUUUUAUGAAGUGAUUUUUGUCUUUUGGAACACACUGAUUUUGUUUCUUUGCAACACUGUGAAAACACAAUUCAUUUCGAUCAAAUCUAAAUCUUAAGAGUAUAAGUUAGUCAUAAUAAUAGGAAGUCGCAGUAAAUAUCAUAUCAGCACCCUGAUAGUAUGUAUACCUGACAUGAUCUAUAAAAAUAUCUGUUUUUUUUUUAACUUUUGAAAUGUAUGUACCGCGUUCAUACAGGGUAUCGCACAGUUUAAGCACCAUCACAAGUGAUGGUCGAACCGUCGAGCCAACAAGCUCAUUAUUUAUUAGUCGUUUCCAUGGCUUCAGAUUUUCUUUGAUUGCCUGGGCCCCAAGAUUUUGACUCUCUGGCGACCCGAGUUGCCAUCUCCACACCGAGACAAACUAAAACUAAUGAUUUCUUGGGCUUCUUUCACUUUAGAUAUAUUACUGAUCCGGCAGGUUCCCAAUGAUUCCUUUUAAGUUUUUCAUAUAUAUUAAUAGUUUUGGUGUUUUAUCCUAUAAUUUUUUGGCAGUGUGGAAAUUUUUUGGGGACAGAGAACUCGGGUGGCGGAGAUAAGAGAAGAGCUCUCGACAUUCGUGUCUCUGCUCGUCGGACUCGACUCGUAAUCAGCGCGAAGUUGAGUUUUACUCGGGACGACUUGGGCUGCGUUGCCCAAUGUGCAGACAUUUCUCGUUUGUGGGGACUCGACUUGACUUGGGACAUGCAAUGCCAAUUAGAAGUUGGGCAACCACAUAUGUGGUGUGUAUGUACGUGACAGUAAGAGUUUUGGGCAUGGGCACUUAUCUAAUCGAAGGCGGGAAACUCGGGGAACAGAAAAAACCAUUUGAUAAGGUGCGGUGCGAGAUACAGAUACUAUACAGUUUCAGAUACAGAUACGAUACAGAUGCUGUUGCCGCUGAUUGGUGACAAAGUGUUGCAAUUAGCACACGUUUUCAUUUCCAUUUUUCUGCCCCACCUCAAGAUCAGAGAUCACAAGAUCCAGGCCCCCGUAGAUCCGUAGUUUCAAUUAAUGGCUGGCACACAAUUUAAGCGGCCUCCACAGCUUUUGAUGAUGAUCAUAAUCAACAAAUAAGCGCUGGAAAUGCUCCUGCUGCUCGCAGUUCGUAGUUCUCUAUACUCUGUUUCUAUAUCAGUGUGUAUUUUGGCUUGUAUGUGGUUUUCGUCUGACCGCCAAUUUGAGGUAUCAAUGAAUUAAUGAAUGGACCGCUCUGUCACACCCAAAACCACCCACCCAUCAGCCCACCAACCCACUUGGCCGCCAAGUUGAAUGAAACGAGAAACAGACACGCGAAAACUUUUGCUCUCUAUUGAAUGUGCCUUUCUGUAUGGUUUUGUAUUUUGUUUGUUUUGUAGUUUGUUUUUUUUACUAUACACGCACUUAAUUUGUUAAGUCAGCAACUCAUUUCCCAGGCUUUUAAUUGCAUUAAUUGCUUUCAAUUAGCGCAAAGCUAGCGAGAGUGUCAAACUCGAAUCGGGCGAAAACUAAAACUCGGAAUCAGAGAGCGCACUUAUUUCCGAUUGAAAUUGAAAUGGAAAUGCAUCGUUUGAAGUUAGACAAUGGCGAUGAUGGGAUGAUUUAUUGUUUCCUCAGCGAUUGGAAAUUCUCAGGUGAUUAGUCUUGAAUGUCUGACAGAUGCGGGAAUAGGUUUUCGUGGUCAAAAACUAGUGUAGCGACGGGAAAUUAGUUUCUUAGGCUAAACGUGUGAAAUUCGAAGUUAUGAAAUGAUAUUUUCGGCACAUAGAAUGUUGUGAUUCAUAAGCUGUAAUAAGUUAUUUAAAGUCACCAAUUUCCCCGAAAUCUUAUCGCGGCUAAAUCGCACCUUAAUCUUAAGCAAUAUAAAGUCAUUGCUGUAGUAUUAAACACAAAAGUAUUAUUAGAUAAAAUGAUUUAAUUAUUUCUUUGCAGUUUCACGCAGCCGAAAUUGGGUUAAGACGAUGAUAAGACGAUGUCGGAAAAUGGGGAAAUCAGUAAUCGGAAGGCGGAGGGAGGAUAAAGGAUAAAGGAUUAAGUAAACCAACAAUGUAGAUGAGGCCUUUCGAGCUAAUGACGAGCUAAUGAACACAUAUCAACGAAUUCCAUGGUAAAGGACAAGAUCGCAAGCAAUAGCCGAUUUUACUGUUUACUGUUUUGCAUCAACAACAAGACACGUACAAUUGCAAUUAAAAAUACAAUUACAAUAAUGUAACCAACAACAAUAAUAUAACAAAUAACAGAUACUAGCCGCAGCCAGAAACGUUAGCUAAAAGAGUGGAUUGGUUUUUUUUGGAUUGGAUUGGUUCAACGGUUUCAAGACAAUCAAAUUUUCCAUUUGCCAAAAUUAAGAAUUUCCCGACUGGACCGAAAAUCCCAUUGCCAAUCCAUUUUAAAACAUUCCUGGUAAUCUUGAAAGACAGAAGAAAAGACAUUUACAAACUAUAUAUUUUUUGUGCAGCAGCAAACAAAUUGAGAUAUGAUAGAUCUAUAUACAUCCAUAUAUAUUUUUAAUAAGCAAUUACAUAUAUAUUUAUACAUAAAUAUACAGACGGACCGAAAAGAAAUCUAUAUAUUUAUGAAUGCCACAUGCGAGUAACAUUUAUGCUAAGAGUUGUGAUCAUUGAUUAAGACAUCUAAAAAAAAAAUGCGAAAAUACAAAAAAAAAAAAGAAGACAAAAUAAACAAAACAAUAAUUUACACUUAGUAAAGAAAAAACGCCAGCAUAAUAAUACACAUUUUAUUUCAAUUUUUACUCUUUUAAUUUAGCAAUUUUCGCCAGCAAAUAAUAAUUAGAAUUAUGUAAUUCCCUUUUUUUUUGCAUAUCUUUGGUAGCAUUUAUUUAGUUUAGCGCAAUUUUUUUUUAACACACACCCGAACUCUUCGUAAAAGAAGAGCAAUUAAAUUUAUACAUAUAUAUAUAUUUAUAUAUAUAAAUAUAUAAACAUUUAUAUAUAAAUAUAUAUUUAUAGACGUAUAUAUUUUUGUAAAUGAAACUGCAAGAAGUAUACAUUUAGCUUUUAAGCGUAAAAAUGGAAAAGACCAACAAAAAUGAAAGACUCAAAAGCAAUAUUUAAUAUUUAAAAGCAAUCGAAAAUCAAAUAAAUGUGUUUGUAAACUUUGUGUUUAUCAUCGACGCGAUAAACGAGCCAAGCCUAAAAUAAGUUUCAAUUUCAAUUCCAUAUACUUAUAACUACUUACAUUAAACGAGAAUAAAAACACCCAAAACAUGAUGAUCUUUAAUAUGAUUUAUUGUUUGUACUCGAGCCGAACAACUUCAUUUCAUGCGAAAAUAAACAAGAAAAUAAAACAAGG